CCAGGCUCGGCGGCGGCGGCGGCGGCGGCUCUCCCUCCCGGCUCUCGCCAGUCGCCUCGCGCCCUCGCCUCCGUCCUCCGCGCACCGGCCGGCGACCCUGCGUACGCACCUCCCUCUCCCCUCCCGCCUCUGCUGUACCGUGGGAGCCCGGCCAGCUGCCCAGGGUGGCCGGGCCUUGGCUCCGCCGGUGGAUGGAGGCGCUGGUGCGGAAGGUGCAGCAGCGGGUGAGGAAGGCGCGUGAAGAGAUGGACCAGUGGGAUGACCUCAACACUCGUCUCCUCUCCCAAUUCUCCAACGCUGCCGCUGUCAUCUCUCGCCUUCAGGCCCUUGGAGAGGACAAGAACUACGGCCCCUUGCAUGGUGUGCCCAACAUCAGAGAGGACCUCAUUGGGAACCAGAUGGAGGUUCUGGAGUUCAUUUUCGUUAAAAUUAGGGACACACUGGAGAAGUUCAAUGGCGUUGUGAAAGCUUUAAAUAAGGCUCUGCGUGAUACCAAGCAGAUGGUGAGAGGUGGAUCAGCACUCACAGCAAAACAGAUGCAGUUACAAGUGGGAAUUUUGCCAUCGAUUGCAGAUUGCUUGGAUGGAUUUCAAACGUUAUGCGAGAUGCACCAUGCUGAGUUUACACUAAAGUCAUCAGUUUUCUCCUUGCUGACAUGGAAGAGCAGUUCUAGUGACAUUGCUGUACUGCGUCAGCUCUUAUUAGACCAACCAAACAUCCCAAGAGAUGAAGUCCAAUCCAUAUUCGACAUUAUAUUUGCGGAUGAAAUUUGUUGACCAGCUCAUAUUUGAUUGUUGAAGCCUUGCCCCCUAUGUUCUGACCAAGCUGCCUGCUCAGGUGAUGACUUAGUCUGGAAAUUUUAUGUUUGAUUAACCCAAUUGUUGAGGCAUUGUGGACGAUUUUCAAGACAGUGUUUUUCUACCCUAGCUCAUGCUUUGUACUAUGAAAUACGCCUAGUCCUAAACCUCGAUUUUCCCAUGCCUACAUGUGAAAAGUUAUGGGACCACCUCACAAAAAAAAGGCAAAGAAAGUUCCAAUAAAGAGAACCCCGGGACUAUAUUCUUCUCCAAUCUGAGUUUUGCUCAAGUCUCGAAAUGAAGAAAUCUCGACCCCAGCUAUAGUCUAACACGGUUGCUUGCUGCCGAUCUACGUCUUUUUCUUGGUGUUCCUGAACCUGUGACGUCUCUCCAUCGACUACUUGCUGGUGGACGUUCGAGGGACACUACAAACAUCGACAUGCAUCAACUGCGGUUCUUCCCGGCGGUUCACGACUUCGAGCAACGCACUAUUCAACUAGUGUGCAUGAAGGCACCGGUGUCUUGAGCAUAUGGGUCCCCUCCAUUGGGUAUACAUCUCUUAUUGAAAGUGUUAAACUCAUUAGAAUAUUUGCUAUGGUCAGUUUGUUUGUCAUGUAUGUUUUUGCUGCUGUUGAUAGCAGUAAUACUUUACAAAUGCACAUAUUUGUCAUCACAAAUUUGCUAUGAUUUUUCUGGAUUAAAGUAAACCUUGGCCUGUUAAGUGAGGCUAAGGUGAAGGGUUACGUGACA